AUGCUCUACUUGAAACGCACUUGGCAACUCUUCACUAACCUCAAUUUGGACAUUCGGCCGUGUGUCAAACACACUCUUUCUCUCCUAAUGAGUUCAUCUGACCUGGCAACCAAGAAGGGCAAGACCUUCACUUGGGAUGAGAUUGAAAAACACAAUCAUGAAGGUAGUGCUUGGUUGGUCAUUCAUGGCAAAGUCUAUGAUGUAACCAAGUUCGUUCCUAAUCAUCCUGGUGGUGAUAUGAUUUUGUUGGCAGCCGGAAGACAAUCCACUGAACUCUUCCUCAGCCACCAUCCAACCAAAACCAUUACCAAUCAAGCCUUGCUCGAUAAGUAUUACAUUGGUGAGGUUGAACAGGAACAAGUAGUAACAGAGGAAAUGAUUAAAAAGCAACAAACCAAACAUAUAUAUGCUCCAGACAAGCAAACCAAGUUUUAUGAUGAAGUCCGAAGUGAAGUUGAGAAAUACUUUAAAGAAAAUAAUUUAACACCACGUGAUGUGCCAGAAAUGUAUGUCAAGACCAUCCUCUCUCUGUCCAUUUGGUUUGUCCUGUACUUGGCAACCUUUUAUUAUUUUGACUCGAUCAUUGUGUCAUUCUUUGUUGCUAUUGUUUGGGGUUGGGCUAAUGCCAACAUUGGUAUGGGUAUGAUGCAUGAUGCUAAUCACGGAGGUUACAGCGAUAAUCCAACCAUUAACAGAAUGGUAGGAUUGUGUUUUGACGUUUUGGGAGGAUCUUCAUACACUUGGAAAAUGAUUCACUCAGUUGGUCACCAUGUUCAUACAAAUGUUGAAGAACGUGAUCCCGAUAUUCAUACCAAUGAGCCACACUUUAGAAAGAUUAAGGCUGGUCAAAAGCAUCACUGGUGGUACAAGUAUCAACAUAUUUACUUACCACUCCUCUAUUCUCCAAAGAACGAAUAUCUUUUAUUCGUUAGCUCCAAGAUUUGUUGGCUUACUUACUCAUUGGCCAUUCCUCUUCUCUUCUCUGGACAUUCUUUCCAACGUGUUCUUCUUUUGUGGACCAUUGCCUACAUGGUUGCCUCAUUCAUUUUGGUUUUGAAUUUCCAAGUGAACCAUGUGACUCCUAUUGCUGAUACUUACCAUGUUGAAAAGGAUGGUAUGGUUCACGCUGAUUGGGCUGAAACCCAAGUCACAGGCUCAAGCAAUUUUGCUCCUAGAUCCUGGUUAUGGAAUCACCUUAGCGGUGGUUUAUGCCAUCAGACUGAACAUCACUUGUUCCCAACUAUUUGCCACGUUCAUUACCCAAGGAUUCAACCUAUUGUUGAAAGAGCGGCCAAGAAGUAUGGUAUUAGAUACAACGCUUACCCAUCAUUCUGGGAUGCAGUUGUUGGCCAUUUUACAUUGCUAAAGGAAAUGGGUCAACAAGGAAAGAAAGUUACUGGAUGGAAACAAUUGUAA